CUAGUGUCUUUAGAUGAAGACUUUAUCGGGCCGUUUGAGGGCAGAAAGCUCGGUCAAUGGAUGAAGCUGCUUUACUGAAGUGCUCAUGGCGGAUGGCUGCUGGUUUGGUAUGGGGGAAAACUGCCUGUGUGAACUGAAAGCUCCCCUUUUCUCUGUGACUGACUUGCCAAAGCGGCAACCUAAGCCCUCCGCAGAUGACAAUUACUGGGACUGUAGCGUCUGCACGUUCAAGAACACCGCUGAGGAGUUCAAGUGCAUGAUUUGUGAUGUGCGGAAGGGGACGUCCACUCGAAAACCACGGCCUGUUUCUCAGCUGGUCACACAGCAAGCAAAUCAGCAGUUUGCAUCACCCACACUCCCCAAAAAGGAGAAAAAAGAAAAAUCAGAGAAAGCCAAGAGUGAUAAAGACCCAACACUGAAAAAGAAAAGCCAUAAAAAAACGAGGCCCCGGUUAAAAAACAUCGACAGGAGCAGCGCCCAGCAUCUAGAAGUCACAGUUGGAGACUUGACUGUAAUAAUCACAGACUUUAAGGAGAAAGCCAAACCCACGCCAACUUCAACAGGUGCUGCCUUAGCAGACCAACACAGUCAAAGUGGCUCCAGCUCUGAUAACACUGAACGGGGGGUGUCCCGAUGCUCUUCGCCCCACAGGGAAGCCUCACCGGUUAACGGAGAGACUCACUAACCUUCACACACCCCAUUCUUCUGCACUCUCAACAGCCUCGAGCAGAGAUUACAAUUCAACAUGCACGUUUUUUCGUUAAAUACUUUAAAUGCAAAUAUGAUAGCAUUCACUUCUGACGCUGUAUUUUUCACUGCCAUUCCACGAUGAUAAAGAAUUCAGGAGGUGGGACGUGUGCUGUAUGCUCAACUCAAAGAACUGUUGCAGCAUGAUGAACGGAGAAAAGGAACGGUAGCAUUAAAUCCUGGAUGUCAUUUGAACUGUGCCAAGUGUUACUUCAGCAUCACACUGAGCUGGUUGUUGCUGCACAGAAUAAAUUAUGCAUUGUGAAAGAAAAUAUAAAAUGUAAUCUCAGAAUUGUAGUUUAUUUUUGAAUUUUGUUAUCGUAAUUUGCACUUAAUGGCAUCCAAUGUUCAUGAUAACAUUUGUUAGCAUUAAUUCCUCUGUUUAAUUUUCAGUAAAUCAUUACACUGUUGGUUACUGGCCUGAUCCAGCUCCAGUUUAUGCCAUUGGAUGCAAUACUUUUUUUACUGUCUAACAUUUGAGUUCAAAUAUUGAAUAAGUAUGCUUCUCGUUCACUUGGUAGAGCUAAGCAUGAUGUAAUCUAUAGCAGUGGUUCCCCACCUGGGGGGCGCGCCCCCCUUGGGGGGGCGCCAAAGAUCGCAGGGGGGGUGCCAGGCCUCAGAUGAUUUGAGGCCAAAUAUCGUAUU